AUGAGACCAACAACUUCAACUCCAAGUUCAAGAAACUCCACCGAUCCCAUAGACACGGGAUUCGGAAACUGGCAUUCUCCAAUCCCUUAUCUUUUCACAGGCUUAGCCAUCGUUUUGGGUCUCAUCGCCGUUGCAUUGCUCGUCCUCUCUUGCUCCUAUCUUCAUUCUCCUCCCGAUUCUGACUCCUCCUCUGCCCCGACCGCUGCCACUGACGAAGAAAAGCCUCCCAACCACAGUCGGGAUUCAGAGCCGACCAUUGUCGUUAUUAUGGCCGGAGAUGAUAACCCUACCUUCUUCGCGAAACAGGCAGCCCUCUAA